AUGCAAAUCCAACCAGCAACCCGGAUCUCCGCCGGCGGCGCCGCCGCUAAGGCCCUCCACGGUCGCCUACUCCGAACCCACCUCCUCCCCCACGCCGCCGUUCACCCCAAACUCCUCCUCCUCCUCCGCCACCCCGCCGACGCUUCCCGCUGGAACUCUCUCCUUGCCGCCUUCGCCCGCCACGGCUUUCGCUCCUCGGCGCUACUCUCCUUCGCAAUCCUCAACAGCUUGGGCCUUCCCUCCGAUUCCUACUCCCUCUGCUCCGCCCUCACCGUCGCCUCCCCGGACCUCGCUCGUCAGAUCCACGCCCGCGGGCUCACCUCCGGCUGUCUCUCCAGCGUCUUCGUCUGCGGCGCUCUGAUCGAUUGCUACGCCCGAUCGCUCGCCGUGGAGGAUGCCUCCCAGGUGUUCGACGAAAUGCCUCACAGAAACACGGUCUGCGCCAAUUCCCUCCUCGGCGGAUACGUCGAGAGCCGGCGCUGGACGGAGGGCUUCCGCCUCUUCCGCAGAAUGCGCGAGCUCUCACUGGAGCCCGACGGCUUCACCGUGUCCGCCGUUUUGCAGAUUUGCUCCGAGGCGCCGGCCACCCCAUUGGGCUUGCAAACGCACGCAUACCUUCUCCGCAGGAGUGCCUUCACCGAGAACGCUGUCCUCAUUUGCUCCUUGGUGGAAAUGUAUGCACGGUGCGGCCUUGUAGCCAAGGCUCACUCGGUGUUCGAUAUGGCUGCACAUGUAACACGCAAGGACGUCGUGCUAUGGACUUCGAUGCUCAAUGCUUACGGCCGGAAUGGGAAGUUUGCUGAGGUUGUAGAAACAUACGAGAAAAUGCUACUUGAAGGGAUCGAACCCGAUAAGAUUGCUUUGUUGGCUGUUCUUUCAGCUUGUAGUCACUCGGGUAAUGUGAUCAAGGGUCUCAACUUUUUCAAUUCGAUCUUGCGGGUGCACGGUAUGGUUCCUGGAGCUGAGCAUUAUGGAUGUGUGAUUGAUAUGCUUUGCAAAGCAGGGAAUUUGGAGAUGGCAUGGAAGUUUGCCAAUGAGAUGAUGAUGAUGGAAAAUAAAUCUGGUGGUGGUAAUUUGAAUGCCAGUGUUUGGGGUGCUUUGCUUAGUGCUUGCAGAAACUCCGGGAACGUCGAGAUAGGGAAGAUUGCUGCUAAGAUGGCUCUGGAAUUCGAUCCUUACAAUGCAGGGAUUCAUGUGGAGUGGUCUAACUUGUAUGCCUCUGCUGGCUUGUGGAAUGAGAUUGGUGAAGUAAGAGAAUUAAUGAAAGUGAAGGGAUUGAAGAAAGAUGUGGGGCACAGUCAGGUUGAUUCCUUCAGCCUACGAAAUGGUUACGAUUCAGUUUGA